CUGGGGGUUCUAUUGUUUUAUUAUUAUCUUUGGCUGGUCUAUGACGAUACGUAGUAGCAAUCAACUUGAACCCGUAGAAGCAAACUCGGACAGAUAUCUAGCUUGUUCACCAGUCGCCCUUACGUUAGCAUACCUACCUAGGUAACUACGUUCUUCACCUGAGGUUAGACAAGAUAUCUGCAUAUUCCUAACCCAAGCCCACGAGUAUUUUGUGAUCCCAACAGACGACAGCCAAAGAGACAGACAUCCUACCUCCGUAUAAGCCUCUCGGUAUCUCCAGGUCGAACUAGACCGCAGCUAAGCCUAGUCGUGUUCAACCCCUGUCUCCCUAUAGUCCAACUUUAGCUUAGGCGAACCGAACCAUCAUCAGCACAGCACAUCCCACUUCGCUUCACUUUUUCCAUUCCCUGUUCUGUUUUCAUUCUCCAAUUCCUUUCUCCAACUUAUCUCAAUUCACGUCACUCAAGUUACCUUGCUCGCUUGGAGAUACGCACGCACAUAAACCAGUUCGCCGUACACGAAACAACUUGCCCACGACGAGCAUCUAAGAACACAGAGGGUACAGAGAGUACUAAAAGGGUCGAAACUCGAGUCUGAGGGGCUCUGUUCCCAGAAACAAAAAAAGUACGAACGAACGUACGUAUACGUACAAAGUGCGAUGCCAUCUCACGACCCGAACAAUGCACCGCCAGCACCCCAUGCUUCUGUCCCCGCCUCGCGUGUCUUGCCCUCCGAUAUCGAGCGGGUCGAUGCAUUUGCGCGGAAAUUGUAUAAGCGGGCGCGAGCCGCCGGUCCUGAUCUAGAUGAGAUCUCGACGGCGGUGCGCAGCUUGCACACGGUGCUCAAGCACUUGAAAUUCGAGACUGAGGAUCCCGAGUCGCUACUCUGCGCAGACGGAAGCGGAGUCUAUGCGCGGCAGCUGACGCCCAUCCUUGAGGACUCCGAAUUUGCGCUCAAACAGCUAGAUACCAUUUUGGAGAAGAAAUACGGAGGCGGCGAUGGUGGGAUGCAGAUGGACGGGGAGAAAGGGUGGACGAUAUUGGAGAGCCGCGAGAAGGAUAUGAUCGGCAUGAUACGGUCGAAGCUUGCAAAUCAAAAGCUGAACAUCGAUAUGUUCCUCGAUACGAUUCAGCUGCAUAACCCAUCUAAGUCUCGCCGCAUGGUCGAUACGAAUAGCGCGGAUCUCGACUCGAUCAAAGAUAAGGUGGAUGUUAUCGCGACGCGCAUAUGCCAGCGGAAGAAUUCCAAUUUGGCGGACGAAAACGAAGAGGAGCUCUGGGAACGUUUUAGAGAUGGGCUCGAAAGUGCAGGAUUCUCCAGAGAGGUGUUGCGUAAGAAUCAGGACGUCAUAAGAGCAUACAUCCGCCAGUUAGACGAGCAGCUCAGCGCCAACGGCGGCAGCACGCCUUCGGUGCGGGGGCUUCUGGAGCAUUACCGGCCUCAGGCUCAUGACGGGCUUCAGAUCGCUCCGUACCCAACGUGCCCAACCUAUCCCACGUCGGAUGAAUUUAGUCCGGAAGAGCUGCAGUCCGGAAUCGACGAAGAGAAACUAUUUCCAUCCAUGAGAAUGAAACGUUUGGAAGGGGAAGACGACGAUAACCAGCGAAUACAGCCUCCCAGAAUGUCGAACCAUCCAACCUACCUCUCUUACGACCGUCAUUCCUCGAGUGGUGAUGAUGAGGACUCGAUGGCGCUUAUGUCCACCCGGGAGCUCAUGGCGCUCGAUAAACGGGCUGCCGAGCUGGCCCUUACGAAGCCACCCGGGAACAUGCACCUGCAGCCACCGAGACAGUCCGGGGAACUAGUCGGUCCAAACUACCAUAUGUCAACCUCCCCUACCCAGCAUCAGCUACCUCCGUCCGCCUCACGUCCUGCCCUCCCAUCUUCAACAAUAGCUCAUAACGGUGUCGUCAUCGAUCAAUCCGUGGUGCCCUCGCGCCAUGUCCCACCGCCCGGCAGCAGUCCGGAGCAGCAACAAGCAGUCGCGGCACUCCAGCAGAGGAGUGCGCAUCUAGCCCCCGACAGCCAAGGCCGGGAGAUUCCCUUAGAAGCGAAAUGGACUCGGAUUUCGCGACGGCUCGUGUCACCAGAGGUCCUCGCCGGCGCCGGGGUCCGGUACGAAGCACGGCCGGACUUCGUCGCCGUGCUCGGUGAACUAAGCAGGGACCAAGUAGCCGACUUCGCACGGCGGACCACGGAGGCUAGGAAUUCGAGACGCCGGCGCUCUAGCGCUGCUGCUAUUCCCGUUGCUACCGUUGCGGCCGGAAGUGGAGGUGGUGGGAGACGGGCCGAGAAUAAGUACCACCCGGACAAAUACCGGAACUGGGACGUGAUCGAGGAAGAGCGGCGGCGACCAGGGCGGAAAGGGGCAGAUAGAGAUGGCUCGGAUGACGACGAUGAUGAUAGCGCGACUUACGUGGUGAAUAGCCGAGGUCGGCACCGGAAGGGAAGCACGGCGAGCUCAGCAAGCGCGCUCUACGACUCAAGUGACGAUGAGGGUACCUCCGAUAGCGAGGUAGACUACGGCGACAGAGACCGAGAUCAUUACGACUCUUCCUCAUACUCACAAUCUUACCCGCGUUCUAGCUCUUAUUUAGAAAACUACCAUGGCUCCCAGCAGAGCCUCCGGCGGAGCUCUACGGCGCCCUCGACAUCGUUCAAUGACGACGGUAGGGUGCAUUCUCACGCCAGAGGUAGUAUAGAUAGCAACGCCACGACAAGACGAGGGAGCGGCGAUACGAACGACAAGGGCACCAAGACAUACCCAUUUAUCGUGCCACCUCCAUCCACCAACGGAAAGGACAAGACAAAAGACAAGGACAGCGGUGCGGGCACCAGCCCGGCCGCCACCGUAAAGCCGAAAUCCAUCCUAAAGAACAAGAACGACGACCCUCACGUGCGCAUCGAUCCCAAUCCGCAGUUCAUAGACGAGAGCUCCCGCUCGCUUUCACGAAGCCUACCUUACCGACGAAGCGAGCGAGAACGGCGGGAAAGAGACAAAGAUCGGGAUCGAGAGCGGUCUAGGGAUAGGUCUAGAGAGAGGACUAGGGAAAAGGACAGAGAUAGAGAUAGGGACCGUAACUACGACCACGACCACGAUCGCGAGAAGAAAUAUCGAUCAGACCGGUACCAAGACCGCGACCAAUCAAAAGAGCGGCACUCCGAGCGCCAUCGAGACAAAGAAUACUAUUCUUCGCACCGCGACCGCGACCGCGACGACGGCAAGGAAGAAUACGCCGAUCGCCAUCGUCAUCGCAGCUCCAGCCACCGAUACCACGGCGGCGGCUCGUCAAGCACCGCGUCGAGGAGAAACCGGGAUCGCGACUACCACGACGAUCACUACACCACGAAUAGUGGUAGGUCGUCUAAGGAGGACCGCACGUCGAAGAAGAAGGCCCGGGAUGAGACGAUCCGGGCCGUGGGUCUCGGAGGAGCGGCCGCUGCUAUGCUGAGCAUGCUAAGCGAGGCGGCGCUGUAGGAUAACGCCCUUCACUUGGCAAGUUUGGUAUGUUAGUUCAGUAGCUGGUGGGGUGGAUAAUGGGAGGGAAAGAAGUAGAACAGAAUUUUUGAAGUCAGUGAAUUGGAUCCAAUGAAGACCAGAACUUUAGUUGAGCCUCGCUCAGGCGAACUUGAGCGACAAAACUAAGGAGGAGGAGGAGGAAGAAGAUGAAGAGUAAGAAGCAGAGGGAAAUGAUAAAAAGGAAGGCAAGAAAGAGAAAGAAGAAACAACGAUGGGAUGGGCGAUUUGUUAUGAAAAUGCAACACUAGUUAAACACCAGAUUUGCUUGUGUUACUGUAGGACUAUCCAGCUAGGUAGCCGGCCAGUUCGCUAGUUGAGCUCUGGGGGUAUCACAUGUCCUCCUUUCGAUUUGGACGGAACCGGGAUCAUCUUCUCUCGGGCUGUCCUCUAGGUAGCCUUCCGAUUUAAUGGUAGAUUAUUGUAGUCUAUGAGUGAUGCUGGGAAUCAGGAAAGCAAAGAGAUUACUUGUAGGAUACAAUCGAUACCCGAUAGUCAAGCAAUA